UUUGUGUAUUCAUUUUUUUUCAGGGCAACAAAAUCGUUUUGAGUUAGGUUUUGUUUAUUUUGUCAUGUUUUGAUUACCUAAUUUUUUUUCUGUUUUAAUUAAUACUGCAAAGUUUCUGUAAUGCCUUUAUUUGGAAAAAGCCACAAGAACCCAUUUGAGCUGAUCAAAUCAGUUCAAGAAGCCCUGAUUGCUGUCGAGAAAGGAGAUAAAAAAGCUGAAAAGGCAACAGAGGAUCUGAGUAAAAAUUUGGUUUCGAUAAAAAAUCUCCUUUACGGAAGCGGUGAUAAUGAGCCUCAAAUAGAUAUAGCUGUUGCUCAACUGGCCCAAGAAUUAUACAACUCUAAUCUUUUGUUAAUGUUGAUCAAUAAUCUAUCGCGGAUUGAGUUUGAAGCUAAGAAAGAUGUUGCCCAAAUAUUCAAUAAUAUUCUACGACGUCAAAUAGGAACAAGAUGUCCAACAGUGGAAUAUAUCUGUACCAAACCAGAAAUUCUUUAUACUUUAAUGAAAGGAUAUGAAAAACACGAUAUUGCUCUGAACAGUGGAUCAAUGUUACGUGAAUGUGCUCGAUACGAAGCAUUGGCCAAGAUUAUGCUUUAUUCACCAGAUUUUUAUAAUUUCUUCUUGUAUGUUGAAGUCUCCACUUUUGAUAUUGCCUCUGAUGCCUUCUCCACAUUCAAAGAGUUAUUGACUCGGCAUAAAAUACUUUCAUCCGAAUUUCUCGAAGCCAAUUAUGACAAUUUCUUCAGUGAAUAUCAAAAUUUAUUAAACUCUGGAAAUUAUGUUACCAAGCGUCAAUCGUUAAAGCUUUUAGGUGAACUUUUGUUGGAUCGUCACAACUUUACUGUAAUGACAAAAUAUAUAAGCAACCAGGAUAACCUCAAGUUAAUGAUGACAUUGUUGAAAGAUCGAUCAAGGAAUAUACAAUUCGAAGCUUUUCACGUUUUUAAAGUAUUUGUCGCUAAUCCUAAUAAACCAAAGCCUAUUCUAGAUAUCCUUCUACGUAACAAGGAGAAGCUUGUCGACUUUCUCACAAAAUUUCAAACUGAUAGAGCUGAUGAUGAACAGUUCAAUGAUGAGAAAGCAUAUUUGAUUAAACAGAUUAGAGAGUUAAAACCAUCCGAAGAUACAAGAGCUUCAUCGUCAAAUCAACUGUCAUCGCAACAAUCAUCAAGUUCAUCAUCUUCACAUCAUCAACAUCCAUCAGCAUAACGAACAAGUUAAAUUUAAAGUGAUGGAAGAUAUCAAAAAGAAAGUCUAUUGGAGAGCAUAUUGAAAAUUCAAUGGAAAAAUAUCAAGAAUCUGUCAUCACCAUCAAGAACAAGUGAAAUCGAUUGUGUCUAUAAAACAAUUAAUAUAUCAUGUGAGCCGUUCAUACAAAACAUAAAAAAAUCAGAAAGAGAUGAAGAAGAACAAGAUGGAAGCAAGGAGGAUAGAGAUAAACAGAUUGGGCCAAUCAAGUUGAAGCUCGCUUGAGCGACAGCAUUUUAAAAUUGUGAUCAAAUUGAAACUGUAAAGUUUGAAAAAUGUAAUUCAUAUUCAAUGUUUCUAAUUGAAUUAUCAUGCACAUCACUAAAAGUAGUUAAUUUUUUGUCAUGAUCUAAAUGUAACUUGGAAAUUUUCACCAAAUGGAAAACAUCAUCGAAACUUUCAAGGUGAUAAACAAUAUUAUUCACUAUGAAACCCCAACUUUACUCUUUCUCUCUCUGUCUACUUUUCACCAGAUACUUUGUUCUUCACUGCAAAUACAAUUUGUGGUUGAAACCUAACUUCUCAGUUUACACUUUUCUUAAAAAUACUCCGUUGUUUGUUUUGUCUAAUUUUUUAGUCAAGAAAAUCAAAUUGCUAGAAACUUUUGAAAAAUGGGAAAUUUUUUAGUAACGUAAUUAUCUUGAUUAAAAUAUUCUAUCGAAAAGAUUACCUUAA